AAAAAUGUUUAUGCUUUUCAUUUGAAUUUUAUUUUUAUUUUUAUUUCUACUCCCCAUCAAAUUAUUGCUUGAAUUCAUCACCUCUUUCUCUUUGUUCUUUGCAUGUCUAACACUUUUCGCUAACUAAUAUUUAAAAGCUAAAUUUUCCGCUAUCAUUUUACUGUCAUUUUUAAUUUCUCUGGCUGACGGCAUUAUCUCAAUAAUAUAAAACCCCAUCUAAGACUAGUAAAAACAAGCUUUUUUUUGGAUAUAAACAUUUUAAUCGCAACCAUAAAACUGUCUUAAAGGAUUCUCGUAUAAAACGCAUUUGAAAGGAUUACAAAACGUAGCUCGAACAAACUGUACAAGGAUUAUUUAAAAAGCAACAAGAUACAAUUUUCUAAAGAAACUACAAAAUACAAAAAUCCGUAAACAACAACAACAAUCAUCUUAAACAAUCUGUUUGUUUGUUAACAAGAUGUUCAACAGCUGAAGGCUGCAAUUUCGUAAAUCUUCAACUGGUACAACUUUAACUUUAUACACACCAAGCAGCAACGCAAACAAUUCCUGUCCAACGCCCGGGUCAACUGACAAUGAAGUUGUGCAGCAUGAACGGGCCAAGUGAAUCAGAAGUCGAAAGCCUACUGAUGAGCCCCUGCUGGGGACCCACGCAGACCAGCAGCCAGGAUCAGUAUCUGCUCGAUGGCCACAAGUUGCUGCUGGAACACGAUCUGGACUCGCUGCCCAGCGACACGGAUCAAAAGAACUCGCUCGAUGUGCUCGACAAUCUGCUGUUGAACAGCUCGUCGCUGAAUGCGUUGUCCGAUUUGAAACCUUUGCCUCCAUUCACCGGUUACACGGGUCAUUUGUCGAUCAAUGGGAUAUCGGGGCAUCAUUAUCAUGCGAUUGCCCAGCGGCUGCCGGAUGAGAGCAACAACAAUUACAUACAGAGCGCCUACCAUCAGCAUCAUCAGCAGCAGCAGCAGCAGCAGCAGCAACAGCAGCAGCAACAUCAUCCGCAUCAGCAACACCAGCAAUCGAACAACAGCAAUCCCACGUCCACAACGGCGGCCACAACCUGCAGCGGGACAGGCGGCAAUGGAGGUGGCGGCGGAGGAGGAGGAGGAGGAGGAGGAGGAGGUGGCGGUGGUGGCUCCUCGCAGGAGCACAACAUUGUGUCGUCAUCCACCUGCCUGCCCGAGAGCGUGCUCAGCGCCGAUGCGGAUGCCUGCCUCAGCGAUGUGAAGCUCUUCGCCGAUAGUCAGUUAGAUUCUAAGCUUUACUCCGUAGCGGAUAGCUGUGUUAUGAACGCACCCGUCAACAACAACAACAACAAUAACAACUCGCUGGCCAGCAGCGGAUCGACACUGACGCCCAUCGAUCAUGUGGCAGAUUCGUUGCAUGGCAGCGGAGUGCGCAUCUUCAAGGAUCUGACCGAGUACGUCGAUAUGAACAGCAUCGAUGACAUUGCGGCGAUCAUUGGCUCAGCGAUAGCCGACACCACAGUCUCCAAUCAGCUGGACAAGGAUGAGGGCAACGAUACGCGUGACAGUUGGAUGGAUCUGGAUGCCUGGAUCGAUGGCAAUUGCAUACAGCCGGAGGGCAAAGUGCUUGUCUCGCAGCAGGAUACGCUGAGCGAUUUCAUGCUGCCGCAUUCGCCGCUGCCGGUGCACGCGAGCAGCUCCACGUUGCAGAGCCUGCUCAGCCAUGGCUACAUGCCGCUGUUGCAGAAUCGUCUGCAGCAUGGACCGCCUGGCGCGGGUUCGGUGAGUGGCAAUGGUUCGUCCUCAACGACGACGGCAACGCUGAAGAGCGAGACGCCAAGUUCUACCUCAUAUUGCAACGAGUUGUCGGCGGCCAGCAGCAGUUGCAGUCCGCCUGGUUCGGUGGUCAGCACGACGGACAACAAUCUGAUGAUCAAUCCGCGCUAUCUGACCAACAACAACAACAGCAAUCAGAGCCAACAGCAACAGCAACAGCAGCAGCAACAACAGCAACAGCAGCAACAAGCAACAUAUCAGCUGACGCCGAAUGGCGGACUCUCGGGCACAGGACUCAAAGACAACGGACUCUGCAGUCCGGAUAUGCUGAGCAGUUAUCCGCACACCACAAGCACAACAACAGCGCCGACGGGAACGCCCAAAGCGAAACGUUCGCGGGCGCAGAAAAAGUCGAGUCAACAGCAGCAACAACAACAGCAGCAGCAGCAACAGUCGGGGCAAGGUGAUGUGCCACAGAUGAGCGCCAUGUCGCCGUCGGGUGUGGCCAGUUUCAGUGCCAACGAUCUGAGCGGACUGCUGGGCAAGGAGAAGCCGGUGCAUCGGUGCAGCAUCUGCAAUCGGGGCUUCCUCAACAAGUCAAACAUCAAGGUGCAUCUGCGUACGCACACCGGCGAGAAGCCCUUCCGCUGUGAUGUGUGUGCUAAGGCGUUUCGCCAGAAGGCGCACUUGCUGAAACAUCAACAGAUGCAUAAGAGAAUUGGGCGUGACUGACCACAGCGGCCACAUGCACAUUCCGCUCGCCAAUAGCAAAUCAAGCAGCAAAUAUAUUUAUGUUUUCAGCCACGCAGAAUCCAAAAAAAAAAGAAGAGAGAAACUUUACUUAAAACAAAAAUCGCCCACAAUGCAUUGAUGGCCAGCAAAGCAUAAAAGUCACAAUUGUAAAUGCUGCACUGCAUCAUCUGCAACUGCAACUGGACUCACUUUGCUGGACAACAUUUGCUGCCCUGGGCUAUGCUAGAGAAAGUGCCCGCCAAUGUCACUCGGUCACCAAAAAAAACACAAAACAAAAACCAUGUCCGGGUCUUUGGGAGCGGCAGCUUCUCGUGUAUCGCAUUGCUUGACCAAUGCCAGACUGCAGAGAGUAUCUCUCUGUAGUCUGAGUUUGCCAUCGCCUAAAAGGUGAAGCAAUGUCAUACACACAGCAUUUUGAUAUAUUCGUUGUUGUUGGUUGCUUUUGAUCUCUUUGAAUAGUCAAUAUACGGGAAAAAAGGGUUUUUUU